UUUGCCCUUUUACCUCAUGUCGUAAGCGGAAGUACACAUACGCAGAAGUUCAAUACACGGAGGUUGAGUGAGCGACAUCUGUACAGUACAAGAUGGAUACGCUAAUAUUGGAGCCCUCUCUGUACACUGUUAAAGCUGUUCUGAUUAUGGACAAUGAUGGAGAGAGACUGUAUGCGAAGUAUUAUGAUGACACGUAUCCCACAGUGAAAGAGCAGAAAGCCUUUGAGAAGAACAUCUUCAACAAGACACACAGAACAGAUAGUGAAAUCGCAUUGCUGGAGGGUCUAACGGUUGUGUACAAGAGCAAUAUUGAUUUAUAUUUUUAUGUCAUCGGCAGCUCCCAUGAAAACGAGUUGAUGCUUAUGUCAGUGUUGAAUUGUCUCUUUGAUUCCUUGAGCCAAAUGUUGAGGAAAAAUGUGGAAAAGAGAGCCCUGCUUGAAAAUAUGGAGGGUCUCUUCCUGGCCAUUGAUGAGAUUGUUGAUGGAGGUGUGAUCCUGGAGAGCGACCCACAGCAGGUGGUUCAUCGUGUCGCUCUGAGGGGCGAUGACGUGCCUCUGACAGAACAGACAGUCACUCAGCUCCCACAUUAAGAACGUUUCAUCGUGCCGCCACUACCCCGGCUUUCUGGGUUCCCGCAUGUGUCUGCUGCAUGUAAACAUGAUGGCUGAUUAUUGGCGGCUGUCUGCCAGCGAUGGCUCCCCGUGGCUGCCGUACUCGUGAGUGCGGACUGAUUAAUGUUCUCAUUUAAGAGGCUCUGCGACAGGCUGCCUUUCGUGUCUGUGAUUAAUGGCUGUCUCCUCGUCUUCCCCGCUAUACGGUUACACUUUGCCUCGCCUCGUGCAAAUUAAGAUGAUGAAUUAAUUCCUGGAUGUUUUGCUGC